ACUUCAGAAAGAUAGUGCAUGUGCGGUCACAAGUCAUAUUUGGCAUUGCCUGUUUGCUUAGAGCAUAUCCUGUUUGUUGGUGUUUCAAUUAGUGUAUUUGACUCGUUUCACCAAAACCUCAUAGUAUUUAUUCAAUUAAAAAAAUAUGGCAGGUGGACAAAAUACACAAGCGGGUUUCCAACCGGAUUCUGACGUGCACAUCACGUACGAAGAUCAGCAAAAGAUCAACAAAUUUGCGAGGCACAAUGCUAAACUGGAAGACUACAGGGACGAAUUGAAAUCUAUGCAGAAUGAUAUAAAGAAUCUGGAAGAUGCCUGUGACGAACUUGCCCUGCUGCUGGAUGAUGACGUGAAAAUACCUUACCUCAUUGGGGAAGUCUUUGUUGAUCAGGAUCUUGAAAAAACUCAGAAAUCACUGCAAGAGGCUACAGAGAAGAAAUGGGCAGAGAUUGCUGCACUUGAAAAGAAAUCUUCAGAGCUCAAAGGUGUAAUGAGUGAUUUAAAGGCACAGCUAUAUGCCAAGUUUGGCACCCACAUCAACCUGGAAGCUGAAGAUGAACCUGUAAGUUGCAAAUGUGACGACUAUGAGUAAUGACUGAAUAAACAUCUAUCCAUAAAGUAUUCUUUAUAAUUUUCUCUUUUCACCUGUGACCUUUGGUGAUCUAGAAUAACAUUACAAAACAGUAAUUGAAAAUAAGACUCAGUCAAUUAUGUUAACUUUUAUGGAGAAGUAAAAUACAAAGCUUUAUUUUCAA